CGCAGCGGCGAUCUCCCGCCUCUGCGGGCCUGGCCAAUAGGAGGGCGGCUCGCGAGGGCGCUCGGCGGCGUGACUGGUGAGCGAGCGCUGCCUGCGGUCUCAGUCAAAAGACGCGGCUCAGUCAAAAGACUCGCUUUCCAAUCGCUCCGGUCCGCUAUCGCUUUUGCCCCUCUCUGGACGUGCCUAGGGGGGGGAGUGGUGGCGCUCAUUGGCUGCGCCGGGUGUCAUUUGUGGAGCGCUGUAGCCAGUCGGAGAGCCGUCCGCCGUGUGCGCCCCCUGCCCCUGCCUAAGCAGGCAGAUUUUUGGCGGCGGGGAAGAAGAUGGCGGAAAAUUUGAAAGGGUGCCGCGUGGCGUGCAAGUCCUCGUGGAGCCAGCUGCAGACCCUGUGCCGGCUAGAGAGGGUGGCCUGCAAGGAGCUGGGCAUCACCAAGAAGAACUUCAAUGACUUCGAGGUGGAGUACCUGUGCGACUACAGGAAAACGAAGGAGCGGGAGUUCUUCCUGGUGAAGUGGAAGGGCUACCCGGAGUCGGAGAACAGCUGGGAGCCGCUCAGGAACCUGCGCUGCCUGAAGAUCCUCAAGCAGUUCCGCGAGGACAUGCAGCGGGAGCUGCGCCGGCGGAAGCUGCGCCGCAGCCCCAAGCGGCUGGACCACAGCGUGGCCUCCUUCCUGGCCCAGAAGGCCAAGCAGCGCCUGCGGCUGCAGCGCUGGGAGGCCGACCUGAACAAGACGCGCCAGCACCGGGGCCGCAUCUUCGUGCUCAACGAGGUGGACCUGGACGGGCCGCCCCGGGACUUCACCUACAUCAACAACUACAAGGUCGGGGACGGGAUCGUGCUCAACGAGGUGGCGGUGGGCUGCGAGUGCGCCGACUGCUUCAACAGCCCCGUGAACGGCUGCUGCGCCGGCACCUCCCUCCACAAGUUCGCCUACAACGACCGGGGCCAGGUGCGCCUGCGGGCCGGCCUGCCCAUCUACGAGUGCAACUCGCGCUGCUCCUGCGGGCCCGACUGCCCCAACCGCGUGGUGCAGAAGGGCAUCCAGUACGACCUGUGCAUCUUCAAGACCGACAACGGGCGCGGCUGGGGCGUGCGCACCAUGGAGCGCAUCAGGAAGCACAGCUUCGUCAUGGAGUACGUGGGGGAGAUUAUAACGUCCGAGGAGGCAGAGAGAAGGGGACACAUCUACGACCGGCAGGGCGCCACCUACCUCUUCGACCUGGACUAUGUGGAAGACGUGUACACUGUCGACGCAGCCCACCAUGGCAACAUCUCCCACUUCGUCAACCACAGCUGUAACCCCAACCUGCAGGUGUACAACGUGUUCAUCAACAACCUGGUUGAUCCUGUGGAUGCUGAAAGCACCAAAAUGGAUUCCAAUUUCGGCCUGGCUGGGAUGACUGGAUCGCCCAAGAAGCGGGUUCGAGUGGAGUGCAAGUGUGGGGUGGAGACCUGUCGAAAGUAUUUAUUUUAAUGGAGGACGGAGGUGACUUCUCUCAAAGGCAGCCAAAUUUUAUUGGAGGACGCACUUUGUACAGUUUGUCCUGUUUUAUUGUUUUAGCCUCAGUUCUCUUUUUAUAUGUUUGUUUAUUUCCUGGGAAAUAAUCCUGUAAAACUGAACGGGGGUCCUACCAUUCCUCUUCAACAGGGUUUAAGUGAAAUGAACCUUCUUUUGUAAAAGUGUACAUUGGAAAAUAGGCUUUAUUUUUUUAUUUUUCAUAGUUUUUCAUCUUUGAAAGGCUUUAUGCAAUGAAAAGCUUGUUUGUUAAAGCUGGUAACUGUGUGUAAUUUAUCCAGUAGACCUCUACUGUUUGUUUUUUAGCUAAGGCAGUCUUCAGCCGUUCAAAGGGAAAGUAGUAACAUCGAAAAUAGAAAUGUGUUGUGAAUAAAGUUCACAGAGUCUAGAAGGCGGAGCUGACAUCUGUAUGUUCCCACCAUUCCCUGUUCUCUUCAUUGCAUGUCCUGGCGUUUGCCAAGUCUGCGUAGAGCAGGUUUUCUGAUAGGCUAGUGACAGGGUCUCAGCCUGCAAGAUCAUACCUGCGGCCUUGUCUCUUUGUUGUCCUGCAGAACAUCGCAGGGGCUUGCAAGCCAGUGUGUCGCACUAAAACUGCACGAGCUGCCAAUCAGGCACCAGGAGAUCGAGGUCUGAGCACUCUUUGCCACAAGUGCAUUAACACAAACAUGUGGACCAGCUGUCUUGAUCACACCUGGGAGGCACUCCGCUGAAGUCUCAUUUCUCCUUAAGGGGGUGCAUGUUACACCUGUUGGAGUCAUUUGUGACGCAUACCUUUGAGGGAUUGAUUGUUCUUUGAUCGUCUUUCCUGGUAACACUGAUAAAACCCGUACAAACAUGCCGGCUACAGAGUCAACGGUAUGUAUUCAGGUGUCUGAACAACAGGAUGUGAUGUGGGGAAAGAUAUCGGUGCCGCACGCGUCUCAGAGCACACUGCAAAAUCAGUGGGCACAGUGAUGACUUUGCUUUGGUUCCUGUGUGUGCCACCUCAUUCUGAGCAGAAGCUGGCCUUGAUGGAGAAGUUGGUGCCAGGGACAACGAUAAUCCAAGUGGCACUAGCAGCAGAGAAUCACUCUGCAGCAAAUGUGGGCUGCUCACCAACACUAAGCUUCUUGGGUAAAUCCUUGCUGUAAGUUAAUAACCUCUCUGGCAAGCUUAGAAAGACUGCUUUGGAGAAGUGUUAGUCCUUGUUUUUGAAUAUAUUGCUCUUAUGAUAAAGGCUGUAUGAAAUCGGCCUAUCUGCAAAUAAUGGUUUUCUCAACCAAAAAUUAAGUUCUGAGAAUGAACCCAAAAGAGCCAUGUUUUGGGAGAGCAGGUCAUGUAUCUGAUGAUGAGGACUCUCUUCAAGGAGGUGGUGGGAGAAAACUACACAGCUGGCCAAGGCAGUGUUUCUGUCUCUGACGUUGAGUACAGAAGCUGUGAUAGCAAGAUCUCGUGCCUCACUGGUAGUUACUCCUGUGUGCCCGUGUAUGUGAAGCUCAUCUGUUUGUCAGUUUGGUGCCGUUGUGUAUAUGCGGGUACUAACUCAAGCAUCUCCCCUGUUGUUUGAAAUAGUAAUUCAAAGAUUUUAGAACAAACCCUGUCUGGUAAACAGUACUUAGUCAGCUGUGCCCGUUUGUGUUUGCUGAUCACUCAUUCAUCCUAGUGAUUUGUGGUUAUGAUGACUGAACGAGUUAACUGUGAGACAGGGUGGCAGCAGUGUUGUUGUUAGUAGUGCCGACUGCACGGUGGGCUUGCUUUGCACAUCUGUGUCGUUCUGCACCAGGUCGGGUGACUGGAUAUCUUUGCAGGACAGAAACAUUUCUUAAAAACCGGGCUGCUGAUAUCUUAAAAAAAUAAAUCACGAACGUGGUCACUCGGUAUUUUGAGUGUACUGUGGGGCUUCUGUGCCGCACAGGAGCGGAAGAAAAAGUUGACAGUUAGCCCUCUUAAUCCCCUUCUGUGCAAGUCUCCUAGUGAGCCUAUCUUGGAUGUUACCUCAUUACCUUCCUUAGUUUGUCAUGGUCGUUUUUAAUCCAGGGACAGUUCAGAAAAUGUAACAGUUUUACAGCGGUGUAGGGCUUGAGGUGAGAGGGUGUUAACUCGCUGCUUUCCCUUUAAGCAUCUCCCUCAAUUUUAACACUCCUGUGUCUGAUUAGACUUACAGUACUCUGCAGGUUUAUCCCUACCUCUGAUCAAAUAGGGGUUUUAAACUGCUGCUCAUGUUAUGUGGUGAAUUUUGUCCCUGUCUCGCUGGGAUAUGUUUACAUCUGGCAGUGUGCGUACAGUUUUAUGUAUAGCCCAUUAGUUAAGAUUUGUUUUAGAUAGGUGUAUACUGAGUAUAAAAAAACAUCACUCAUAACAGCAGUGAAUUCAUUGUUGCUACAAAGUGGAUUGUCUUUUUUUGUAGCAGGUGCACUGGUAGAUUUUUUUAACAGACGUGAUGUAGACACACCUAUGAACAGGUCGGCUGUGGAAGUCCAAGGCUAGGAGUGUGUGUGGCCACCCUUGGAGAUAACCCAAGCAGCACAUCUGUGCCUCGUGCUCUGCACCAGGUUGCGGAUGCUGUCGGAAGGGGAUGGAAUCCCACCCUUUCCCAGGGCCGGGACAAGCAUGUGCUGGAGCACAGGGCCCUGAGUGCCGCACCUUGUCUCAGCUCAUUGUACUGAUGCUCGAGGAGGAGCAAGCAGAGCAUCCUUACGUGAGAGAGGCCCUGUGUUGUCCUGCUGGAGUGCCCUCACAUCGGCGGAAAAGGCAGCAAGUGAUCCCAGAAUUUGAGCUGUGUAGCCCUGUGCAGUCAGGUUGCCAUCUGUUACAACAGGUCUAGUUGCAACAGGACUCCACCCUCCUGCCCCAGACCAUCCCUCGUCGGUCGGUUGUGCACAGCAGCUUGUCUCUCUGCACCUCUGUGUUCACUGGCGAUCACCAGGGGACGUCACAGCUAUAGAGCACCUGGCUCCGCUGCAGACGGGUCCACCCUCCAAUACGCCCAUGUCACCAAGGCGGUGAUCUCUUGGUCUGCCAGUUCCGUUGGUUCCUUUUGUUUUUCUUUGUCUUUCACCAGCCCUGACAUUUCAUCAGUGAAGUGCAUCAUCGCCUGAGUUACCAGCUUUCUCGCUAAGGGGGCCAGUGCUGGGGCCACAGUCGGCACUGUUCUGGUGUGUCGAUCAGUCAUCAAUUCAUCCAGCUCAUGCCAAAAUCAUUUAAACCCUAUUUAAAACUGCUCUAGCUUUCCCACAAACGUGCAUGCAUAAAGAGUGAUGUUUCAUUUGAUGCUAGGUACCUUGAGGAGCGUGCAGAGUGUUUUCCAGCAAAACUGGAGAGAAAAAAACUUGCCAGAAAUGGUGUCUUAAUGUUUUUAUGUCCGUUGGGGAAAAAUAGGACUUCCGUCUUGUCUUCUUAAACCGUUUUUUAAAAGAGAAAUUUUAAAAUAGUUGGAGACAUUUAAAGGGAUUGUGCCAAAUAACUUCCGCUAAGUUUGAUUCCUGGAAACGUUUACUUGAAUGUUUGUAUUCGUUUUUCUGAAAUAUUGAGAUCUAGGUGCUGUAAAUUGGUUGUAGAGCAUAUAGAAUGUUUCUUUGUAAGGGCAUGAAAAAGUUACUUUAUUGCAGGCUGGUUGGUCAAGCACAGUGUGCAGCGUAUACGGUUUUUUCAUGUAUAUGAACAGUUGUGGAUUCGGGGAUCAGUCUUGGAUCCAGCACCGUUGUAUUCUAAACUCUGGUUCCGUCGGAGUUUCUUACUCUAUUCUCUCAAGGCCGGCUCUCCCUACCACCUAGGAAAUCUUGGAAAUGUUCUGGCCAGAACUUUAGCCCUGGCCUGAAUUUCCCUGUCUCCCGUCUGUGUGAUGGGGAAGACCUCUCGGGGAGCUGUCUCAAGUGGAGGCCCAUGGUCCGUUUCUUUGGCAGUGGAAUACUGUGGCGUGCCUCCUGCUGAAGCUGGAGGGCGUGUCUGUUCCUGCUCUGGCCUGCACUGUAGCUGAGCAGGUCGCUUUUUCAGGCAGAGCACAGCUCGCUGCGGUUUUGCAUGAUCUCUUCACCGCUGGCUUCAGCCGUCACACGAGCGUCUCCGCAGGUGUUUUCUGAAAGCUUUUUUCAAAACGCGAUCCAGACUGUUCGGGAGGGAGAAAGUACUUUCUUUUGAAAUGUUUUUUUUUUGUAUGUUGGUUGGUUUUGGUAAAUUCCAUUUCCUCAAGGAUAGCAGCUGUGAAAUGUGAAUUAAUCCAUCUAUAUGCUUUAAAUGUUUUUAAUUUUUGAGAAAGUAAUCAUUUUAGUUUUUUUUUUAUUAAUUGCUUUUUGUGCUUCUUAUGUAAUCUUAAACCAGUUACAAGAGUAUUGUUUGGCAGUGGAGCACUGCUUAGAUGGAUCUCAAACUCACUUUUUGGAAGAUGUAGGAUCUUGGAUGUGGGAGGAGGCCCAGAACCUUGAUUGUCUUUUGUGACAUUAAAAUACUACCAGAUGACGAAAUCGGACAAGCACUGUCUUGAGUAUAAAAUAUGCAUCUUUAGUUUACUUUAACAUCUGGAAAAGCUGCUUUUCUUCUCUUCUGCUUUAAAAUAUCACUUUCAUUUUCAACAGCAUUAAAUUAAUCAAAAGAACAUUUACAGUACCUCCUCCCCCACCAAAACAGUCUAAUAUUCCUUUUCCAGUCAGCGUGCAGCAAACCAGGUUAGAAAAGGGUGUUUUAUCCUUUUCUAGGAAAAAGCAUGGCAUCCACCCAUUCAAGGUCAUUCUGCUUGUCCUGGUGAGGGUCGUGGACUGACAGGAGGUGGGUUGCGAAUUCAAUUUCUGUGUGCCCCACUGAAAAGAGAGUUGCAUGCCUUUUGUAGUUCUAGUUUUAAGUGAUUGAGAAAAUCACCACAUAAGGUUAUUGUAAUCCUUUAUCUUUAACGUGUUUCAGCCUGUCCAGACUUGACAGUGUUUAUUGUAAGGGUUCCAUUUAACAGCCUGUAAAUUCUGUGUUCAGACGCAAAAUUGUGGACCCCCUUUCUGCUGCUCCUACCUUGUUUUACCCUGAGCAUUGCUGCGGUGACAUCUCAGUGUCCGUCUGCCAUCUUGGUUGUACUUUAUCUACAAAGCAUAGAGCUCAGUGCUACAAUUUUGCAAGGAUGUGACCCCCGAGUAUUCAGAAAUGUUGUCGAUUUGAAGUGUACUCCAUUUUUGAAAAGCAUCAUGUUUUUUUAUUUUAAAAUUAUGCAUUUUGUAAAAAAAAAGUUGUAAAUAAAAAUCUAUUGUAUAA